AUGGCCACAGAGGCUAUUCGCGAGUCUGUGCCACAACUCAACGACUGUGCAUAUUUGGAGCCACUUCUUCCAACGCCUGUCAUCAAAGUCAAGGGGGAGCGCAAGAGAAGCGUGGCCUGGGACUAUUUUACGCGCCAGGGCAGCGGAGAGGCGAGCUGCAACGUGUGCCUGAGCACCGUGAAGAGCUGCGGGAACACCACCAACCUGGUCCAACAUCUGCGCGUCAAGCACAGCGCGGAGUACGAGCGUCUGAGAGCGCAGAGGGAAGAGCAGGAGCGCGCCGCGGCCGCCAGAGGGAGCCAGAGCGGGGAGGCGGCGGUGUGGAGGAGCACAGUGAAGGAGGAGGAGCAGGAGGCCGUCUAUGGAAACAUGGACAUUGGCUUUAACUCUUUCAGCAUCAGCCAAGUUUCCCCUCGAGCAGUGAGGAGGGUCCCCAGUGAGCGGAAGAGGAGCGUGGUGUGGAGGUACUUUACGCGUCAGCUCAGCGGAGAGGCGACCUGCGACGUGUGUCUGAAGACCGUGAGGAGCUGCGGGAACACGACCAACCUGGUGAAGCAUCUGCGCCUCAAACACAAGCCCGAGUACGAGAGCUACUCGCUGCAGCGCUCAGAGCAGCAGCAGGGGGGCGCUAUCCCCUAUGACCAAGCACUGAUGGGGGACGACUCCAAUUCUUCUGCUGUUUUCCAAAUCUCCAGCCCAGAUGUGUUGGAGGCUUCGGUCGCUCGGGGGCGGAAGAGGAAGAGCUCUGCCCCGGACGGAGUGAUCUUCUUGGACAGUGUGGGAGCCGAGUCCGCGGAGAGUCACUUCUCCUUCAGACUGAACAUGCAGACGCCGGCAGAGUCCGUUCUCCACAGCGGAUACUUCCACCCCACACUGCGGCGAUGGCAAACCUGCAACACCGACCUGAAGCCUGAUAACCUCGUCUACCCCAUAUUCAUCACAGACAACGAAGAUGGAAUUGAACCGAUCGGAAGUCUGCCAGGACAAGCCAGAUAUGGGGUGAACCGAGUGGAGGAGCUGCUGGGGCCGCUGGUGCAGAAAGGCCUGAAGUCUGUCCUAAUAUUUGGGGUCCCUGCUAAAGUGGAGAAGGACGAGCGUGGAUCCGGAGCAGACGCGGCGGACACUCCUGUGGUGCUCGCAGUGAGGAAGAUCAGAGCCAUGUUCCCUGAGCUGCUGGUGGCCUGUGACGUCUGCCUCUGUCCCUACACCUCACACGGGCACUGUGGGAUCCUGAAUGAAGACGGCGCUCUGAACAAUGACGCCAGCUGCCUGCGUCUGGCGGAGGUCGCUCUGGCCUACGCUCAAGCAGGCGCUCACAUCAUCGCUCCCUCGGACAUGAUGGACGGACGCGUCAGGGCCAUCAAACAGUUCUUCCUCGCCAACGACAUGGGAAACAAGGUCUCUGUUCUGAGCUACAGCGCCAAGUUCGCCUCCUGUUACUACGGACCCUUUAGAGACGCUGCUCAAUCGAAGCCUGCGUUUGGAGACAGACGCUGCUACCAGCUUCCCCCUGGAGCCCGCGGACUGGCACUCAGAGCUGUGGAGCGAGAUGUGAGAGAAGGAGCUGACAUGGUGAUGGUCAAACCCGGACUGCCGUAUCUGGACAUUGUCAGAGAGGUCAAAGACAAGUUCCCGUCUCACCCGCUCGCCGUUUACAACGUGUCGGGGGAGUUCUCCAUGAUGUGGCACGGAGCUCAGGCCGGCGCCUUCGAGCUGCGAGCCGCCGUGAUGGAGGCCAUGACGUCCUUCAGGAGAGCAGGAGCCGACAUCAUCAUCACCUACUUUGUGCCUCAGCUGCUCGACUGGCUCCAGCAGUGA